AUGCGCACAUGCUUGGAGGAAAGGAGCCCGGGCACGGCCUCUGACUCACAACCGAGACCCUCACGGCUGCAAGGACAGAGGGAGGGGGCACCCGGGUCGCCCCCCUCUGGCACAGGCGCUGGGCAAGGCAGAGCCGCACUUCCUCCCCUGCCGCCCCGCCCGCGCGCCCCGCCGAUUGGCUCGGGGCGAGAAGAGCGGCGGAGCCACCGCCUUGCAGCCGGGCCCGGGAGUCGGGGAGCCGGCCGGGCCGCCGCGAUGAGGACGGCCGUGGUGCUGCUGCCGGCGCUGGCCGCGCUGGGCGCCUACUACGUGUACCUGCCGCUGCCCGGCACCAUGUCGGAGCCCUGGAAGCUCAUGCUCAUGGAUGCUUCUUUCCGGGCCAUCCAGGAGACGUGCAACCUGGUUCACUAUCUAAGACUCAGCCAUCACUUGACAGUUCUGAAUUAUGUGAUUGGUGUCUUUGACAAAUUGGAGACCCCAUCCUCUGAACUGGUGAAGAUCAAAGAUACCCAGUUUGAUGGAGUAGAAGUCAGAGUGUUUGAACCUUCCAAGAAGGAGGACAAGGCACUAAGGCGCAGCGUGGUUUACAUCCAUGGUGGAGGUUGGGCCUUGGCAAGUGCAAGAGCAAGCUCCUAUAACAAUCUCUGUAAAAUCAUGACAGAAUCUCUGAAGGCUGUAAUUGUGUCAAUUGAAUACAGGCUGGUCCCAAAGGUUCAUUUCCCUGAGCCAUUCAACGAUGCUUUCCGUGCAGCUAAGCAUUUUUUGCAGCCUGAUGUCCUAGCGAAAUACUCGGUUGACCCAGGUCGAAUUGCAAUAUCUGGUGAUAGCGCAGGAGGGAAUUUGGCUGCUGCUGUGUGCCAGCAGCUGAGUCAAGACACCAGUGUAACUAACAAACCAAAACUGCAGGCUUUGAUUUAUCCAGUCCUUCAGGCGUUAGAUUUUAACACCCCUUCGUACAGACAGAACGUGAAUAUGCCUGUUCUUCCCCGAUUUGUCAUGAUAAAGUUCUGGAUAGACUAUUUCAAUGGUAAUCCUGACUUUGCCCACUCGAUGGUAAUUAACAAUCAUACUGCCCUAGAUGUGAGCCAGGCUGUUCCUUACAAGGGACAUCUGAACUGGAGCUCUCUCCUCCCUUCAGUAUUCAAAAAGAACUACAAGCCUGUAAUACAAACCACAGGGAAGGCUGAAAUCCUCCAGGAAAUACCUGAACUACUUGAUAUACGUGCAACUCCAUUGCUAGCAGAAAAAGAAAUUUUGCAACUACAACCAAAGACUUACAUCCUGACAUGUGAGAAUGACGUCCUUAGAGAUGAUGGGGUAAUGUAUGCAAAACGGUUAGAGAACGCUGGCGUGGAGGUCACACUGGAUCAUUUUGAAGACUGCUUUCAUGGCUGCAUGAUCUUCACUGUCUGGCCUACUGAUUUCUCUGCAGGACUUCAGACCAGGGAGAGCUACAUGAAGUGGCUUGAUCAAAACCUUUGAAGGAAGAGAAAUUAUCUCUAGAAAGCACAAAGUGUUCUAUCUAAAGCCCACUGUUUCCAAAAAAAAAUGUGCACUUUUACUCUGACAUCAUCCAUUCAAGAUUGCGUCAUAGCCUAUAUUUUGUGUACCACUAACUGCUUGGUUCAUUAGCUUGAAUAGCCUUGACAGGCAUAGCAAUUUGUAAAAUGCUUUUUUUAAAAAGCUAGUCUAUGUGAGUAUCAGGUGGUGCCUUAAUUGCUGCCACAAUGAAUAAAUCCUGAGCAGGUGUAAGCAAGUACAUCAGUAUUCCUGAAACUUAAUUCUGAAAAUUCCUGAAACAGAAUUUUCAAGUCAGGAUACCUGCCUACUAUUAGACAAAGACCACAGUUUUCAAAGUGGAGUCACUACCAUUAGCCAUCUCAAUCUUUAUUUAGGCACUUAACUAGGAAAAGCCUACUUUUCAGACUGGCUGAGCUUGACUGAAGAAGGCAAGGGAUGCUGUGGGUGCCCCUCCACCUUGAAAAAUGGGCCAGUGGUGAAGGUGCUCAACAGUGAAUUUAGGCACUGGCCUUUAAGGAUAUAGACUUACUGUUAUUUAUUAAUUUUUUAAAUUCCAAUUUUGAGGCAGUUGAAAGGCAAGCUUCUUAGCCAAAAAUGGAAACUGCUUUGGAAUUUGGCCCUUAUUAUGAUAGUUCCUUUAAACCAACACAGGGUUAAAUAGCUUUUAAAAAGGAAGUAGCAUAGGGAAGUCCUUCUGUUGGUUUUAAGAGAGAUAACAUGGGGCCUAUAAGGCACACUGUUGUAAAACAGUGAUAGUGUGCCACAGUUGAGAUCCUUUCAAGGGUACCACACAACCUUAACACUGUUAGGUGUGCAAACAUGAUUCACAAGACAAACUGAGAGAUUUCAAACAGGAAUCCAAAGUGUUAAAAUCAUCUGACCUGUUAUGGUUUUUCUGAGUCCUUUUGCAACAGAAAACUGAUCUACUAUUUUUCCAUUAAAAUAAAAAACAAGUGAAAACUAAGAACUGGCAUUUUCCAAGGGGUGCCUCAUAUCUAAACGGGUGGGAGCCACUGCUGUAAAGGCUUACACAAAGCACUUUAUGCAAACAAAAUAACCACCCUAAAGUCCACACAGGUAAAAAACAGUCAAAAGGCACCACCAGUGUCUUGCCACUACAAUGGGAGUAGGUAUUAGUUAUCAGAUUAGGUGUAGACUAGAUCUUACAUGAAUUUACCACUUUACAGUUGCAUUUUUGGCUAACUGCCCUGCCUGUGUCUCACUUUAGAGCCUUUUCAAUUUUAUGACCACUUUAAAGAAAAUAUGAAGCGUUCUAAAAAUAACUCCUGUGGUUUGCACUAGUGUUUGUAUUUAAUGUUAGCAAUUUUUGUUCGUUGAGUCUCUGCUGUGCUUGUAGCUUCCAGUCCAUUGUCUUCCAUGCUUGCUGGAAGUAAGCAAGCAAAAUCACAAGAACUAGGCUUGAAUCUGCAAUCUAGAUCCAGCCUGGAACUCUGCUGCAUCUCUUCCUACCAUGGACCGAAUCCAAAUCUCAGAAAGGAAUAGCCUUGGCUAUUAUGGAAAAUAACUGGAGAGCCAUGACUUGAACUUGUAAGACAAGGAAAUGGAAGCUACUUACAACAGUGUUUAUGGAAAUAACUGGAGAGUCAUGAUUGAACUUGUAAGACAAGGAAAUAGAAGCUACUUAUAACAGUGUUUAUUCUGCAUAAUGUUUAUUACAUGCAAAAAAAAAAAAAAGUUUGAGCAAAAGCCAGGAACUAUUAGGAUGAAGGGAGAAAUGAGUCUUGUAAUAAAAGCAGGGCUGUGGGAUUUGAGAUCUGGGUUGAAUUCCCAGCUUUGCCAGAGACUUCCUGUGUGACCUUGGGCAAAUCAUGUAAUCUCUGUGUGCCUCUGUUUCUUCUCCUGUAUGCGGGAGUAAGUACAUGGCUACCUCACCAGGAUAUUGUGAACAGUAAUUCACAGAUAUCACUGAAGCUCUCUGAUAUGGUACAGAUCAGAGAUGGCAUAGAAAGAGCUGAAUUUUCACCUCUCUCCAGUUUAUUUUAUUGUCUGGUCCCAUGCUGCUUUGUGCCAUUCAGUUACCUGUGCUUUGUUGAGGGCAACUUAAUUUUUUGGUUCAUUCUCUAAGGGUGCAUCUAUAUGUGCCAACUUAAGGUGCUUUAGCCCAAUUUAAAGUGCACUAAGAAUGAGCAUCUACACAUGCGUGCCCUUAAUGCACCUUUAAAAUGGCGAUUUUAGGCUAUUUGUGCCUAAAUGUAAUACCAGGUAUCAAAUUUAGGUGUGAACAGCUAAAGCGCAUUAACGCAUGUGUAGAUGUGUUAAGAUGUGUUAACGCUAUGUAUGGAUUGACUUGGAACUAACUUUAGUCCCAUGUCAGUCCACACGCACGGCAUUAAUGCACUUUAAUGCAUGCAUGUGUAGACUUGAAAAUAAAUUGCCUUAAUGAGCGUUAAGCUAAUGCCCAUUACAUUUAGGUGCACCUAACUGCACGUGUAGACACACCCCAAGUUUCUUGUUGCACAGACCUAGGCAGUGAGUAAGUCUUCCUGGCUUUUGUCAACUUAUGAUGGGACAUUUUAAAAUGGAACUUUUUAUUACUUGAUUUGUAGCAUAGGGUUCUAGAAAUUUCUAAAACAUGUUGGCUCCUGUACACGGCUCCAACAUGCUGGAAAUCCAGCGCAUUGGAGUGGACUUGAUUAAUUGAGUCUGCUGGAGCAUGGAAAUAAAACGUGCUCCAGCAGUCUCUGACGUCACAUGUAUCAGCGUCCCCCAUGCCAAAAAAUGGUAGCAGGGCACUUUGAACUAAAGUUUGUUGGAUGAGCUUUAGUUCGAAGUGCCCUACCGCCAUUUGUCAGCACAGGGGAUGCUGAUACAAGUGGCGCUUGGGUGCUUUUAAUUAAAAGUCCUCACUAAUUAAAGCAUCCUCUUCCUACCCCGCAUGCCUCCCAGAGCACAUGUAAAAAUGCCUUGUGUGCCUGAUGGACCAAACUGCCCAUAAAUUAAAAGGAGAAUAACUUGGGUUAUAUUGUAUCAUAACAAAAUCAGGAUAUUAAGAUUGUGUGGCUCAAGAAAAGCUAGCCAUUGGAUAAGAUCAUGAUCCAUAUUCUGUCAUGAAACUUUAAAUGAACCUCUCACUGAGUUCACAGUUGCAUAAGGGGCCAAAUAAAUUGCUGGCAUAAAAUUUAGUAGGCCAGUAAUUUAGCUUUACAUCUCUGUAUAUUGAAGCAGAGUUUGGCCAAUGUAUCCAAGUAUCCCAAGAUAUAGGAAGGUUCAAACUCUACUCUGGAUUUCAAAUCCCCAGCUUCAGGAGUAUUUGGACAGGGUUCUGUUCAGACCUACAACUAAUGCCAACCAAAGUUAGUAUAUACACUCAAAAGCCAUGGCAAAGCAUAAUGUAGGUCCUGCUCCAAAGCGCUCUGAAAUCAAAGGGAGAUUUUAAAUUGAACUUUAACAUUUGGCUUUGACUUAGCUUUGUUCUUAAACUAAAAACCAUAACACUAAAAUAACCAAAUAUAUAGUUACCUACAGGCUUAUAAAAUUUCAGCCAAAAACAUUAAGCCACUAUAGUACUGGAAAAAAAAUCAGAAGUUAAUAUUUCUGUAAUCACAAGGUUAUGCACUGUGAUGAUAAAGUUGGCCCGAAACCUACUUGCAAAGUUUUCGACUAGCAUAUGUUUAUGGAUGACUUAUAAAUCCCUAGUAUGAAGCUAUAAUAGAACUACUGAAGUUUCUUAACUCUAGUGAAGUGGAUAGCACAGCUAGAAUAUAUAUUUAUGGAGCUGGUUGUAAAGUUCCUCUUGCACUGAAGCAUGUAAUAUUCAUAGCACAAGAAAUGGAAGAAAGUAGAUAACUGGAACACAUUUAUUCACUAAGGAGUAGAACCUAUUCCCCCUAUUGAACACCUAAGCAGUAUGUAGGCAAGACAUCUAAGUGGGAUCCUAUUCCACCGUGUUCAAGUCCCUAAAAAUAAUUAAGCCAAUGUGGAUGGGUCCUUCCUCUUCCUCCUAACCACUUUUGAUAAAAUGUGGCUUACCUUCAUCUGAGCAUUUAGACUAUGCUACACAAGUACAUAUGUUUAAUACUGAGACUUAGAUGCACCAUAGGUGGAACAGAAUUGACCCCAAGUCACCACCAACUUAGGGCAAAAUCCAUGGCAGCAAUAUAGAAGUGACAGUAGCAACUUCUUAUAUCAAGGUUCUGAACUGAUUUCACCUUGUGAAGUAAUUCAAGUAUAUGAUAUGUAGCUGUAAGGACAGGGGACACGUUCUGUAUGUAGCAAAUUACAAGGAGUCAGUUACAGCUCUGAGAAAUCUUGGUAAGGUAACACAAGACACUUGCCAGGAAUUGUAAACCACAAAGUAAGCCUUAGGAUCAUUCUCGUCUCUCUUCCUAUUUCUUGUCUCCUUGCUCUAGGUUUUUUUUUUCUAUUUUUUAGGCAAACCCCCUGGUUGAAGCUCACUGGUUAUAUUUGGUUCUUAGUCGAACUGCUGUAGGGCCAUGGUAACUCCAGCUCACAGCAACGUCAUUCAGCAGAAAGCACAAUUGACCCAGUUUUCAUUGUUAUGUAAAUCUGAUCCCUGCCAGGAAGAGAUUGUUACAAUGCAUCAAUUUUACUCCAGUGAAUCAGCAAUUUUUGAAUAAUCUCUACUUGAACUCUACCUGUCUCAAAUCAUGCAAGGUCUGUACUAGAAGGUACUGAAGUCCAUUCCUUAUUCAUUUCAAUGGGAAUUCAUGGCAAUUAGCACACCUUAGACUUGGGUCCAGUAUUUAUUUUUCAGUGUAGAACAGUAAUAUUUUCAGUGUUUUAUAUUUAACUAAAAAACUUUAAUUUAAAAGACAAUGCGCAAAGAACUCAGCUAUUGGGUUUUUGGUGAAGUAGUACUGUCAACUGUUUUUCUUCCCCAUGCAUAUUAGCUCCUAGCAAUCCAGAAUAAGAAGUUGUUUUUGGUAGCUGUAAAUAAUGUUAAAUUCUGUGUUCCCUGAAAAACCAAAGAUGGGUCACAUAACAGGGCCAGGGGUAGUUACAGUCCUUUCACUCAUCAGGGAAGUGAUAGUAAUAAUUCUCCAGGAAGGGCAUUGGCCAGAGUUUUAGAGAGAAUUUAGAUGUCCAGCUUGAAACAUUUUAAAAGCCCGAUUUUUCAGGGAGGUAGAUGGUCAGUACUUCCUGAAAAUCAUGGUCCUUUAAUGCUAUACACUCAAAUUCCUGCAUUCCCUAUUGCAAAAUUAUGUCCCUAACUAGAGCAGAAUGGGCCCACUUCUGUUUCUAAGUCAGAAUUUGUUUUUAACUAUUUUCAAAUGCUAUUUAGAAUUUGUUUUGCCAUUUUGUGACUUUUAUUUGUUUUUAAGCUGUGGGUAUAUGUGGUUUAUCUGUUACAAAAACUCACCAUGAUUAUCUGAAUAAACAGCAAAUGACAAAGUAGUGGGUUAACUUAGUUAAACCCUGCCUCUGUAAGCUGCUAAUAUCUGCAGGUAAUAAUAUAAAUAAAACCCAACUAGUUUAAUGUUUUUGUGCUUGUGAAGAUGUUCAAGAACCAAAAUGACAACAUACUUGAUGUGUGUUCAUUUAGUAUCUUAUGCAUGCAUGACCAGUUUAGCUUCUUUCCCACAGCCAUGGAAAAGAUCUUGUAAGGUCUAAUUAGCAGGUGUGAUAAAAGUGUGUAAUACAAACCGAAGAAUCAAUAAAUAAAACAAAAUGGA